CAUGCAAAUUCAGAUAGCUACGUAUAUAAAUCAUGAAGAGGACCAAAGGUUCCAUCUUUUUGUCGAAUAUGCAAAAUUCUUGUUCAUCCAUCAAUGAAGAAAGGAGAACAAUUUAAUUCAUCGUCAGCAAAUUCACCAGCAACCGCAAGACACUUAUUUUCCGAUAUGUACAUACAAUAUGUGGAAGGAAAAAUAAUUUUCAACAAUAUGUCUUGAAGAAAAUUUGCAGACCUUGUUUGAAGUAUUUUCCUUUUUGCACUUUGUUUAUUGGCCAUAAUAAUAUUCGACAUGAAUGUGUAACUUGAUAAAACAUAGAAUUCAUGGAAAAUAAAUGUUAGCACAUGCAUAUGUUGUAUGUAACUAUCAAGUAUUCUGAUGCGUACGUGUGUGCAUAUUACUAGGACACUAGAGGUCAUCCAUGCAUAACUUAUUGGCGGGUUUACUGACCUAUGACCUGCUUCCAGAGUGCUUAUCAGUAAUAAAUGGCAGUGGAACUCUGCAUUUCAUUUUUGUAAGUUAUCAAAUCAUUAUGUGGGUAAAGCCACAGCAGAAUGUAUACCAACUUUUUUGAGCUAAUCUUCUCCUCAGACCACACUUCCUUUAACGAGAAACUAUCAUCAAUGGUUAAUUGAGGACCUUCCCCAAAAAAGGCCAUGCCAUAACAAAUUGCGAAUAUUGGAAUGUUGCACAGUGAACCAUUAGUUGCGGAUCACGAGCCGAUUGACUAUAUGUAAAUUAGUAGUGGAUAAGACGUCUUCCAAUUCAGUUAAUAAAAUUAACAAUAUUACGGUUGUAUUUAUUAGCAUAAAAAUGAGUGCCACCUUUUGUCAGUGUAUCAACCGUACCAACGAUUGCACUACUUUAUUCAUUCAUAAAAGAACAAAAUGCACGUUGAACAGUCCUCGUGGUGCUAAUUAUCAUUAGAUGAUACUCAAGUGUUAUUAGGAUUACGAAGAACUAACAAGAUAAACCACGAAUAAGUAGUAUUUAGACUCACACACAAUGUUCCUUUUCAAUGUACAAAGAAACAUAGUUUUGUUCGUUGCACUUCAAUUUUGCAUACAUGGAUUAUCAUGCUCAGAGUUUAACAACCCUGAUCCUGACGAUGAUGUUGAAGUGUUUUCAUCCAAGGAAAUAAGCAGUAUUAUUAAUCUAAAUGAAGAGGCAUUCCAACCAAAGAUUGAAUCAAUUUACGUCAAAACAAAAAUUCGAUUUCGAUUUUCGAGGACAAGAAUUACAUCACAAAUUGUGAAUCCGGACGAAAAAAAGGCACAGAAUGUGACCUAUAUUCUUCGUAUCCCCAAUGAAUCCAUAAUAUCACGUUUUGAAAUGAGAAUUCACCCUGAUCCGAAAGUGUAUCGUGCUAAAGUCGUGAAAGCAGAGGAUGCUAGAAAAAUGUUGCAAUUUGCAGUGGGGGAAGGAAAGUCGGUUACAUUGGGUCUUCUUGAACAAUCAGAGUUGGAUUUCAACGAGGUAUUGCUCAAGUUGGUCAUUGGGGCCAACAAGAAAAUUAUCUUCAGCUUGAUUUACGAGGAACGGUUACCUAGAAUUGACAACCAAUACGAGUCUGUCAUCUACAUAGUUCCCGAAUAUAUGACGAAUAAAAUCAAGUUCCGUGUUGAAGUAAUUAUUGAGGAAAAUUUACGACUCACGUCAAUCAAAGUUCCGUUGAAUGAAGAAUAUUCGAGUCACAAUGCUACAGUCAAAAUGACAAGCUCAAAAGCCACCGUUUUAUGGAGUAACUUCAAUGUUGAAGAUGGAAUGUGGAGCUACCCUAAAAGCGAAUUCAUUGUCACGUAUUCUUUGGAAAAUGAAAUUUCGACUGGUCACAUCCUGCUGCUGAACGGAUAUUUUGUCCACUUCUUUGCACCCACUGACUUAGAACCGUUACGGAAACAUGUUAUUUUCAUACUGGAUAUUUCAGACUCAAUGACUGGCUUAAAAAUGAAUCAAACAAUUUCUGCGAUGAUAGAAAUUUUGGACGAGUUGAAUCCAGACGAUUUUUUCAACAUUGUUACUUUUUCAUCCGAGGCCCAUGUUUGGUCCUGCUUUCAUGGUAAGGACAGCGACAAACUUUUUCCAUUUCCGGCAGACGCAAAGUGCAAAGACGAGGCGAGGCACUUUAUUUCCAAAAUUGAUCCCCACGGGUCUACAAAUAUGAAUGAAGCACUACGUGAAGGAUUGGAAAUUGCAAGAAAUGUGUCCCCAGUUCACUCUCCGACUCCCCCAAAAGCUGAACGGUACCAGCGUGGGCGAGUUUCUGGCUACAAGUCCACUUUGAGCAGUAAAAUUCCUGCUGGUGUUCAGUCCAUCAUAAUUUUCUUUACUGAUGGAGAGCCAACUUCUGGAAUCAUUGACAAGCGAGCCAUAUUGACCAAAGUGAAAAUUCUAAAUUUUAAUAUGUCCAUUCCCAUAUUUUCACUGGCCUUUGGGAAAUCUGCCGAUUUUUCUUUCUUGACAAAUCUGUCAACCAGAAACGGUGCCUUUGCUCGAAAGAUAUACGAGGAUGCAGACCCAAGUUUUCAAUUAGCCAAUUUCUACAGGGAAAUAUCCUCCCCUGUGUUGGCUAACUUGUCUUUCAAAUAUGAUUCUGGACAUUUCCCAUCUUCACCAUCCAUCGUUACUUCCGGAUACUCCAUGGCCAUCCAAGGCCAGGACAUCAUAGUCGUAGGACGUUUAAACCAAUGGCAGGGAGUUAAUAAGACUGGUCAGGUUUUAAUAAAUGCGUCAGUGGGUGCGGUUGGAAGAACUGGAAUGCGGAAUUUCAGAAUUCCCAUCAAGGACUGCAGUGUGGCUGGAAGCUGUUCUGAUGAAAUGGAAUUUGACGAAAAAUGUGUUGAAAAGCUUUUUGUUUAUCUCACGCUCAAAAAACUGACACAAGAGGUUCUCAUAACAGAAAGUGAGCGAACAAGCGAUGACGACGACGACGUGAAAGAAGGAAAGUUGGAGGCGCAGCGAAUUAAAGCGAAAGUGACAGAGAUAGCAUUGCAGAACGGACUGAUUACGCAAUACACGUCCAUGGUCGUGAGGACCAAGUCUGUUCGGGAGGAAGAGAUGGACGUCCAACAUCCCGAAAUAUUCGACUCGGAUAACCCUAAGGAAUCUGAGGUCGAAAUUUUUCUUGGGAGCGAAACACCUUUGCAAGACAAAUCAAAAACAGUUGAAGUUGAUAUCGAUAGCAUCCGAUCCGAACUUCAAAGUUUGCGACAUCAAGAUCCUUUGACAAGGCAACGCCACUUGGACAGGCUGGACAUCCCUUUAAAAUUCAUAGAAAGGUACAAAUUGUUAGAAUUGAGUAAUGUGUCAUCGGAUGAAGCAGUGGAGGCCAAAAAUCACACGAAUACCACUGCUGCUGAUAGAACCAGGUUUAAUUUAUCAAGCUAAAUAUACAAGUAAAUAAAGUAUUACAUAUAAUCACAGUCAAGAAGCAUAAGUGAAUACAUACAUAAACACAGGUUACUCAUAAUAGUGCAACAACAGGAGCAUGUAAAUUAUUUUGAGUAAAUACCACAUACUAUUUUAUUACUUUUUAUAAUAACGUAUUUACAUAUAAAGAAAAUAAACUGUCUCCAUCUCCACACUUC